AUGCUUUUCCUUCCAGUUUUGUCAAUUAGUCUGUUAGUACAGGCAGAAGAGCCUCUUUGUAGGCGUCACAGAGAACCAGAAAUGCCCUUGUUCUCCAAGGAUGGAGACAUUACAAUUGGGGGGAUUUUUUCACUGCACGACAACUUUGUGAGUGUCAAACCUACUUUUAAUGACAAACCGGAACCUCUUUAUUGUAAAGGUUUAAAUGUAUACGAGUUUCAAACAGUUGCAGCCAUAAUGUUUUGUCUGGAACAAAUAAAUAAUAAUACUGAUUUACUGCCUGGUGUUUCUUUGGGAUAUAAAAUAUAUGAUUCCUGUAGUUCUAUGCCUGUGGCUAUGAGUGCAGCAAUGGCUUUAGUGAAUGGCAAUGAAGAAACAGUCUAUUUAAACAGAACCUGCAGCAAAACAUCUGCCACUGAUGCUAUUAUAGGACUGUCAGAUUCAUCAACAACAAGAGGUGUAGCUGCAACUAUUGGAUCUUUUCAAAUACCCCUGAUAAGUCACACAGCUACCUGUGCUUGUCUUAGUAACAGAAAGGAGUAUCCAUCCUUUUUCAGGACAAUACCAAGUGAUUUCUUUCAAAGCAGAACUUUAGCUAAACUUGUUAAACACUUUGGUUGGAAAUGGAUUGGAGCCAUAAGAAGUGACAAUGAUUAUGGGAAUGGAGGAAUGGCUACAUUUUUGCAAGAAGCCCAAAAUGAGGGGAUUUGUGUGGACUUUUCGGAAUCCAUUUAUAGGACAUAUCCAAGAGACAAAUUUUUAAAAACUGUAGAUGUUAUUAAAAAAUCUUCAGCAAAGGUUAUUGUGGCCUUUAGCUCCUCUGCUGAUUUAGCAAUUCUCGUAAAGGAGCUCCUGAUUCAGAAUGUUACUGGCUUACAGUGGAUUGGAAGUGAAUCUUGGGUUUCUAGUGUAAACUUAGCCAAACCGGUAAAUUAUAGGGUUCUUGGUGGGGCAAUUGGAUUCAUCAUCAGCAGUGCAGUAAUCCCUGGUUUGAAAGAGUUUUUCUUGAAUAUCAAUCCAAUCAAAUCCCCUGGCUGGAAUGAGCUGUGGGAAAAUAUCUUUAACUGCACCUUUGCUACUCAGGAUAAGGCUGGAAACAUUAAUCCAUGUACAGGAUCUGAAAGUCUUCAAGGUAUAAAUCAUGUCUUUAUGUAUUUAUCCGAAUUGAGGAUUAUCAACAAUGUUUACAAAGCAGUUUAUUCUAUUGCAUAUGCCCUCCAUGAUCUCUUGAUGUGCCAGGAUGGCCAAGGGCCCUUUGCUAAUAAAACAUGCGCUAACCAAAAGAACAUUCAGCCAUGGCAGCUGCUCCAUUAUAUGAAUAAAGUACAUUUUAUAACGAAGAGUGGAGAAAAUGUCUACUUUGAUGAAAAUGGGGAUUCAGUUGCAAGAUAUGAAUUAGUAAACUGGCAGCUGACUGAAGAUGGCACUGUAAAAUACAUCACAGUUGGUCUGUAUGAUGCUUCUUUGCCUGAAGGACAGCAGUUCAAAAUCAACAAUAGCAUUAUUGUUUGGGCUGAAGAAAAACGACAAAUUCCAGUGUCAGUCUGCAGUGAAAGCUGCCAUCCUGGCACACGUAAAGCUGCUCAGAAGGGAAGACCAAACUGCUGCUUUGAUUGCAUACCUUGUGCAGAUGGAGAAAUUAGUAAUACAACAGAUUCUGUUGACUGUCUGAUAUGUCCUGUAGAAUACAAAUCAAAUUAUUUAAGAGACCUCUGCAUUUUAAAGGACACUGAAUUCUUGGCUUAUGAAGAAAUCAUGGGUGAAAUCCUUGCAUUGUUCUCGUUGUUUGGUGCUUGUGUAACUCUGGCUGUUGCUGCAGUAUUUUUUAUUCACAAAGACACCCCUAUAGUCAGAGCAAACAACUCUGAGCUAAGUUUUCUGUUGUUAUUUUCAUUAACUCUUUGUUUCUUGUGUUCUCUCACUUUCAUUGGUCGUCCCACUGACUGGUCUUGCCUGCUACGCCACACAGCCUUUGGAAUCACCUUUGUUCUUUGUAUAUCUUGUGUUUUGGGAAAGACAAUAGUGGUGCUAAUGGCUUUCAGGGCUACACUGCCAGGAAGUAAUGUUAUGAAAUGGUUUGGACCAGCUCAGCAGAGACUCAGUGUUUUUGCCUUUACAUCUGUACAGAUUCUAAUAUGCACUCUUUGGCUAACUAUAAUGCCUCCUUUUCCAUAUAAAAAUCUGAAAUCUUCCACAGAAAAAAUUAUUUUAGAAUGUGACCUGGGAUCUGUGGUUGCAUUUUAUGCUGUACUAGGAUAUAUAGGUUUUCUUUCCAUUAUAUGUUUUGUGCUUGCUUUUUUUGCACGUAAAUUGCCAGACAAUUUUAAUGAAGCUAAAUUCAUCACAUUCAGCAUGCUGAUAUUCUGUGCUGUUUGGAUCACUUUUAUUCCUGCUUAUGUCAGCUCACCUGGAAAAUAUACUGUAGCUGUAGAAAUAUUUGCAAUUUUAGCAUCAAGCUUUGCAUUGCUUUUUUGUAUUUUUAUUCCAAAAUGUUAUAUCAUAUUAUUAAAACCAGAGAAUAAUACAAAGAAACACUUAAUGGGUAAGAAUCCAACAAAAUAA